AUGAACAAUCAAUCAUCCUCCUCCUCCUCUUGCUCAUUUUCCGCCAGCGACAACACCAGCAGAAUGAAUCAGUCUUCGUCGCUUCCAGCACCACCUUUGAGGUCACUGCCAGCAGGCAUCCGCAGACCAUUAUUGCCAAGCCGCCCACCAAUAUUUGCCGCUCGAUCCCUUGGGGUUAUCGGUGGCCUCCGCUCGUCCAGUCUGAAUCCUGAUCGCCGUGUCCGCAACCAGAGGGAAAUCCUGAACGCUGCCUUGGCUGUGAUUCAUGCCGAUGAUGACUUUUUGGCGCAAGUGUCGUCAUCGUCAUCCUCAAACUCCAGCAACAAAAAGAGAAAAUCGCAAAGAGGUGGGCCUCCUCGACAAUAA